CUGAAAUACUGAAGUCUGUCGAUGUCAGCUGAAUCAAGUUCAACUUCAUUUAUGUUAUUGAUGUAAUUUUCUAAACCUUUGUAAGUUUUGAAAUUCUAGCACAUUCCAUAAUUUAAUCGGAUGAAAGUCUGAGGCAUUCCAUUGUGAAAUAUAGUAAAAAAUAAAAAAACAAGAUGGUGUGCGUUCCAUGUUUUAUCAUCCCAGUUCUGUUGUUUUUAUGGCAUAAAUUCAUUCAACCAUAUGUACUACGUUUUUGGAACCCAUGGGGAGUUAAAGAUGCGGACGGCAACGUGAAGACGGAAUUUCCUUUCAAAUGUGAAGGUGGGGUUUGUGCUUUUAGUAGAAAACAAGUUGACAAAAACGACACUGAAGAAAUGCAGAAAGAUGCUGGGGAAGUUCCACCAAAGAUAGACGGAAGAAUAAAAUCGGAAUAAAAAAAAAACUUAAUCAUAAUUCAGUUAUUUAUUUCAUAACCUUAGGUGCUAUCUCUACGCACCGCUAGUAUUUUAUAAUAAAUCUAUUAUACCAAA